AGAAACUAUCCGAAAGACGAAUAGCAAAAAAGUGAAGGCGAACGUUCGGCAGUGUCAGGAAAGCCUAGAAACGAAGCAGAAGUACGCGAGACGUGAGAGUACGAAGUGUGGAAAAAAAUGUCUUGAAAAAUAACUUUUUUGCUUGCGCCAAUUAGGAAAUGUGUAAUGUUUUUUAAAAUUGCUGUUCAAGAAUGCCGAUUCAGGCGCCACAAUGGACAGAGUUUCUCAGCUGUCCGGUUUGCUUCCACGAAUUUGCGGCAAAUCUACGUCCACCAAUUAGCCUAGGAUGUGGCCACACCAUUUGCCGUACUUGCUUGACGACGCUGCACAAGAAGCAGUGCCCCUUCGAUCAGACUAUUAUAACAACAGAAUUAGAUAAUCUACCGGUUAACAAUGCCUUACUACAGCUGGUCAGCACAAGCAACACCGCCGGCAAUAGCCCGGGUAGCGUCGGCACUAGCUCUAGCAGCUCCUCCGCAGGAUCAUCAACCGCAGGGGGCGGUGCGUCUGGUAGCAGCACGAUCGAUCCAGACCUAAGCUCGCCUAGCGUGCAGAACCUGAAUCCAGAUGACCUGCAGUGCUACAAAAUUGCUCGGGGCUGCAUCGAAGAAUUGGCUCUGUAUCUAAAACCAUACCCCAAUGGCAAUGCCGGAGGGCUCCUGUCGCGUCCGAUGCAGCGCAAACUGGUCACCCUGGUCAACUGUCAGCUGAUUGAAGACGAAGGUCGUGCGCGAUCUUUGCGUGCCGCUCGUUCCCUAGGCGAACGAACUGUCACCGAGUUAAUACUGCAACAUCAAAAUCCACAGCAGCUGAGCACCAAUCUGUGGGCUGCUGUACGAGCUCGUGGCUGCCAGUUUCUGGGUCCAGCAAUGCAAGAAGAGGUUCUUAAGCUGGUGUUGUUAGCACUUGAAGAUGGAUCGGCGUUAUCGCGAAAAGUCCUGGUGAUGUUCGUAGUGCAGCGCUUAGAACCUCAUUUCUCACAAGCAUCCAAAACUAGCAUUGGCCAUGUGGUUCAGUUGCUGUAUCGUGCAAGUUGCUUCAAGGUAUCCAAAAGGGAAGGUGAUUCGUCGCUGAUGCAACUAAAAGAAGAGUUCCGUACUUACGAAGCACUUAGACGGGAGCACGAUGCCCAAAUAGUACAAAUUGCUACUGAAGCCGGUCUCCGGAUAGCCCCGGAUCAGUGGUCUUCACUACUCUAUGGCGACACGGCCCACAAGUCACACAUGCAAAGUAUCAUCGAUAAAUUGCAAACUCCGCAAUCGUUUGUGCAAUCUGUACAGGAGCUUAUAAUAGCUCUCCAACGAACGGGAGAUCCGGCCAAUUUAUCCGGAUUACGCGUUCAUCUAAAGCAUCUAGCCAGCAUAGAUUCGAAUGCCGAAAAUCAUGUGCCAACGUGGCGCGAGUGUUCGGCGGCACUAGAAGCGGUAAAACGGGUCGUUAUAGGCCUGGUAGAUUUUGUACAGCAUCAUGGCAACCGAAAGUUACAAGAACCAGGGCACUUGGCUCACAAUAGUAAGUAUAAGGUUAGUUUGUGUCGCGACUUGAACUUUCGGGGUACUUGUCCCCGAGGACCGAAUUGUACUUUUGCCCAUUCGGAUGAGGAACUGGAGAAGUAUCGUACGAAAUUGCGAAAGAACAACGUUAGAGCAACUCCGAACGGGAAAGACCAUAGCGAGUAUAUUGGCGAUCUAGGAAUGCCAUCUGGUUCACUUGGAUACCACUCAUCUGGAGAAGAAGCUUCUCCAAUGCGUUAUCCAAAGUCUACUCCGCCAAUGAGAUACCUUGAUAAAUCACCAAUGAGUAGCCACAGUCACGCUAGCGGUAGUAGCAAUAGCAACAGUAGUCACAAUAGUCAUCUAACGCCAGUUCCGCCGCAUCAGCAUCCUUCUUACGCGAAUGUACCACCACCACCAGCACCGCUUCAACCCGGUGGAUGUGGCACUAGUUCACGUAAUUUUAAUUUCAACCCAAAUUAUUCCACCGGAACAGGAGGUGGUAAUUUGCAGUUCGGGGCGCGUCCACCACCACCGCCAAUACCACCACCAUCAGUUCACGCAACUGGUGGUGUACGAAGUAAUUUUAUUCGACCACCAAAUGGAAAUUUCAUCGGUCACCCACCUCCACCACCUCCGCCCAUGCAACACCCUGGGCCUAAUAAUGGACCUCCUCCACUAAGUGUACUACACGGUAUAAAUCAUCCUGCAUAUCCUACUCCAAAUCAACCUCAACUGCAUGAUCAAGUUCACCCAGCAUUAAUGAAUGCUCCCCCGCCAGCUCCUUACACGGCUGCAAAUCAAGGUUUUCCUGAAUAUCCGGAGAAAAAUGAUCAACGUCGACAAUUCAAUCCGUGGGAAAAUCAACCCCCUCCACCACAAACUUCUGUUCCUAAUCCGAUCAAUGCUGCUACGAUGAAUGCUGGUCCACAACAGCAACAACAGCACCAGAUUAUACCUCCAAUCAACAUAAUGAACCAACAGCAUGCACCCAAACCUGCUAUAAAUCCAUCAUACUCCAAUUCGUCUAUGCAAGGAGGACAUAAAAAUCCUCAUCCCAUGUCACCUUUGGCACCACAUUCGCAGCACACUAUGCAGGCUAUGCCGCCGGCUGCUCAUCAUCACCACCAACAACAACAACAACAUCAAUCUGCACCUCCAACUGGUGUUAAGUACUACCAAGGGAGCGCGCAAAUGCACCAUAAACUGCGUGAUUAUCGCGAUAAACACAACAACGGUCGCAUGUAUGCCCAUUCUCAACCACCCACACAGGGUAACAAUGCAAUAAUGCAUCAACCACAAACAUCCAACGCAUUUGGAAACGGGGGAGGCAACCGGAGCACCAUGCACACCCCACAUCCGCAAGUUGCAGCGACACAAAAUAUGAACAGCAACGGUGGCAUAUCGGCUAUAGCUGGAAACAACGGUGCAAUGAAUGGCUAUCACGGUAGUAAUCCUUUACGCAAUGAAGCAUUAGAGCUUUUUAAAAUGCUCAAUUACGUUGGAUCUACAACAAAGGACAUGUUCGUUCGUUCUGACUCACUACUAGCUGAUGAGGAUAUGACAAUCUCUGAGAAUGAAUUUGCUAAUUCGGCAAAUAACAAAUACGGACCUAUAUCACGAAUGACCAAUCAACAGCAGCUUGGAAAACAACGUACUGACAUUUCUUUCGCCAGUAGUACACUGGAAAGUGAGUGGCUAGGGUUACAACAACAGUUGUAUAACGAGGUCACUGGCAUGGGAGAGCAAUCAUCUUCAAAUUGUUCAUCCAAUUCAUCAACGUUCUAUCAGCAUGCACAACAGCAGCAGCAACAACAACAACACGCUCCAAUAUCCCAUCAGACCACCGGUAUUAAAAUUGAACCAAAUAACAACUCACUGGAGCUGGAUAUAUUCCAGGUUGAUCGUAACCUCAAUUAUAGUGGUGAAUCGUUAAGUAGUGGUAGCAAUCAAGCCAACACAACUACAUCACAACUCUUUCAUCAUAAUCAUGCAGAAGCCCAACUGUUGCAACAUCAUCAACAACAACAUCAGCAGCAACAUCAUCUUCACGCAAUCCCCAAGGCACCACCUAUGGUGGGCUCGGCUACGCAGCUAGUACCGGAAAAUCAUUCAUCUGCGAUUGCGAUGGUUGCAGCUGCACUAGGCAUUCCGACGCAUCACCAGCAACAACAACAACAACCGCAACAGCAAGCUGCCACACAUUCGCAUCAUUCAUCAUCGCAGCCACAUCACCAACAGCAUCUACAACAUCAGCAACAGCAGCAACAUCUAUCCGUAAUUCAACAACAACAGCAACUGCAGCAGCAGCAGCAACAACAACAACAUCAUAAUGCUUUGCAUGGGCACAAGUUACCGCCCCAUAUAGCAGAAACGGUUCCUUUGAACGAGCUGAUGGGUACCGGGGCUGAUGUGGAAAUGAAGCUGCAAAAUUUUAGGGAGCUGAAAGAUUUAAAGGCUCAGCAUGCUAUGGCUGGUUUACCACCCGUAUCGGGAGUGCUGUCAGUACCGACAUCAUCAUCAGCAGUGACCGCUGUAGCACCACUAUGGAACAAUUUACUAGAUCUGUCCGGAUUGAAACCUUCGACCGAAAGCAGUGACCUGGUGGUAGUUGGGGGACACAACAUUGGCAGUGGUACUAAUAACAACAGCCGCGGCAAUAAUAUCAUCGCGAACAGCAGCACAUCAAACAGUAGCAUCGUCAACAAUAACAGCAGCAACAGUAACAAUGAAGAUUCCUACGAAGAAGGAAUCGCAGAUGACAUGCGUGAGUUGGUUCUCCGUCUUGAGUCCGAGCUGGAGUUGGACGAGACGGGAGUGUGAGUCAAACGCGUGCUCAAGAACUCGUAAUUGUAAAAAGAAGUAAAAGAAUAUAUAAUAAUGAAUUUACACACAUACACACACGACUCACACAAACAUACACGACACGAUACUCACACACACAUACACAAACACAUACGUGCAUACUUUGACUGAUUGUGAUCAAUAUCUCCUAUAUAAAUUGUAGGCGUAGCUAGAGCGUAAGCUGGGAGAUAAAAGCUUACACUCUCCUGGGGUAGGUAAAAUCUGACAAAAUAAGAUUCAGCAGUGUUAUAUUUCAUUAAAUGAAAUGAAAGAGCGAUACCAAUUUUAAAAAAAUUAUUCGAGUCGAACGGUUCAGAUUAUCCGGAUUACCGGAGAGGGUUGCGCGUUGAUUAUGACAGCUUACAUGAACAACACAAUAAAAAUUAGCUGCAAAAGAAAACGAAGUAAUCGAUGCAAAUAACCGGAUGAGAUAAAAAUGAAGAAACCGCUUAGAUACAGAAGCGAGUACCCUAAUAUAUGUGCUUUUUUAGAUACUUUUCUGAUUUGCAGAAAAAAUGUGUGUUUUAGAGAAUAUUUUUCGGAUCGAAACAAAACUGCUAUUUAAACAACAAAGAACAAGAAGCAAGAUUUGUGUCAAAGAAUUACGGACACCUAAAAGUAUAACUAAUUACUUUAGCGCGGUUGUUAGCUAGUAUAUACACCAUAGAUUGUGCGCUGUCGUUAAACAGAUAGAUCAAAGUAUAAAGGUAUAUGGAAUUCUAGUGAAAACAAACAAUAUAAAAGAAAGGAGCAAAGCAACUGACAGCGUGAUAAAAGAAAACCGGAAAAGGUGAUUCAUUAUAAUAUAAUUGAUGGUUAUGUUGCAAAUGAAAAUCUAUUUAUUACCGUUUAUAUUGCAAAUAUUAUAACUAUUCGCUAUUCGUUCGUUGUAAUUAUUAUUAUCAUUCUUGCUACUGCUAUUCAUAUUCACCGUCAAUAUUGAAAAUCGAAAUUUUUGGGGACAGACAUGAUACAAUAAAUCGAGGAGUUAGUAAGAGCGCGUUCUAUUGUAUUCCGUGUUUUAGCUCAUUUCGCGUUUUGAAAGUAACAAGAAUAUAAUUCAGAAUUAUAUUUCGUUUAAUAAUCAAAUGUUUACAUAUUAGCAAAUUAUAUUAACCUGUUUUAAUCGUGCACUUUUCAACGGAAUAAUACAAUUGUUGCUCUAGUGUCCCGAUACUUUUACUCGAUAUUUUAUGCGUAAUUCUUUUAUAUAAUACUAUAUUUUACGUAUUACCAAAUGGUUUAUGUGAAAGCAAGAGUAAAACUAUGUUUUAUAAAAAUACUAAUU